AGGCCAGAAGGAAGUCUAGUGUUGAUGAUGGCUGUGUUGCUGAAAGGCCUGUAAUUGGGGUCCCUGGCCAGAUGCUGGUCGGCCCUUAAUGUUCUCUUCUCGAGCCCGUCACGGCGCACUCAGGGUGAGACUGUCACAGCGACUCCCUGCUCGCCGCCAUGCACGACGCCUUUGAACCGGUGCCGAUCCUAGAAAAGCUGCCUCUGCAGAUCGACUGUUUGGCUGCCUGGGAGGAAUGGCUUCUUGUUGGAACCAAACAAGGACACCUUCUUCUCUAUAGGAUUCGGAAGGACGUUGUGCCAGCAGACGUGGCAGCACCUGAAAGUGGCAGCUGCAACAGGUUUGAAGUGACACUAGAGAAAUCCAAUAAGAACUUCUCCAAAAAGAUUCAGCAGAUCCAUGUGGUUUCCCAGUUUAAGAUUCUAGUCAGCUUGUUAGAAAAUAAUAUUUAUGUCCAUGACCUACUGACAUUUCAACAAAUCACUACGGUUUCAAAGGCGAAGGGAGCGUCUCUGUUCACGUGUGACCUCCAGCACUCGGAGACUGGCGAGGAGGUGUUACGGAUGUGUGUAGCUGUGAAAAAGAAGCUGCAGCUCUAUUUCUGGAAGGACAGGGAGUUUCAUGAAUUGCAGGGGGACUUUAGUGUACCAGAUGUGCCCAAGUCCAUGGCAUGGUGUGAAAAUUCUAUCUGUGUGGGUUUCAAGAGAGACUACUACCUGAUAAGGGUGGAUGGAAAGGGGGCUAUCAAAGAGCUCUUUCCAACAGGAAAACAGUUGGAGCCCUUGGUUGCACCCCUGGCAGACGGAAAAGUGGCCGUGGGCCAGGACGAUCUCACCGUGGUGCUCAACGAGGAGGGGAUCUGCACGCAGAAGUGUGCCCUGAACUGGACAGAUAUACCAGUGGCCAUGGAGCACCAGCCUCCCUACAUCAUUGCAGUGUUGCCACGAUACGUGGAAAUCCGAACACUCGAGCCGAGGCUUCUGGUCCAGAGCAUUGAAUUGCAAAGGCCCCGUUUCAUCACCUCAGGAGGAUCAAACAUUAUCUAUGUGGCCAGCAAUCACUUUGUUUGGAGACUUAUUCCUGUCCCCAUGGCAACCCAAAUCCAACAGCUGCUCCAGGACAAACAGUUUGAAUUGGCUCUGCAGCUUGCCGAAAUGAAAGAUGAUUCCGACAGCGAAAAGCAACAACAGAUCCAUCAUAUCAAGAACUUGUAUGCCUUCAACCUCUUCUGCCAGAAGCGUUUUGAUGAGUCCAUGCAGGUCUUCGCUAAGCUUGGCACAGAUCCUACCCAUGUGAUGGGCCUGUACCCAGACCUGCUGCCCACAGACUAUAGGAAGCAGCUGCAGUAUCCAAACCCCCUGCCCUCGCUCUCCGCGGCUGAAUUGGAGAAGGCUCACUUAGCUCUGAUUGACUACCUGACACAGAAACGAAGCCAGUUGGUGAAGAAGCUGAAUGACUCUGACCACCAGUCCAGCACGUCCCCGCUCAUGGAGGGCACUCCCACCAUCAAGUCCAAGAAGAAGCUGUUGCAAAUCAUCGACACCACCCUGCUCAAGUGCUACCUCCACACAAAUGUGGCCCUGGUCGCCCCACUGCUGCGCCUGGAGAACAAUCACUGCCACAUCGAAGAGAGUGAGCACGUGCUGAAGAAGGCUCACAAGUACAGCGAGCUGAUAAUCCUGUACGAGAAGAAGGGGCUCCAUGAGAAAGCUCUGCAGGUGCUGGUGGACCAGUCCAAGAAAGCCAACUCCCCUCUGAAAGGCCAUGAGAGGACGGUGCAGUAUCUGCAGCAUCUGGGCACAGAAAACCUGCAUUUGAUCUUCUCCUACUCGGUGUGGGUGCUGAGAGACUUCCCAGAGGAUGGCCUGAAGAUAUUUACCGAAGACCUCCCAGAGGUGGAGUCUCUGCCCCGAGACCGAGUGCUUGGCUUCUUAGUGGAGAAUUUUAAGGGUCUGGCUAUUCCUUAUCUGGAACAUGUCAUCCACGUUUGGGAGGAGACGGGCUCCCGGUUCCACAACUGCCUGAUCCAGCUGUACUGCGAGAAGGUUCAAGGGCUGAUGAAGGCGUACCUCCUGUCCUUUCCCGCAGGCAAACCUCCAGUUCCUGCCGGAGAGGAGGAGGGUGAGCUGGGAGAGUAUCGACGGAAGCUCCUUAUGUUCUUGGAAAUUUCCAGCUACUAUGACCCAGGCCGACUCAUCUGCGAUUUUCCUUUUGAUGGCCUCUUAGAAGAGCGCGCUCUCCUGCUGGGACGCAUGGGGAAACACGAGCAGGCUCUCUUCAUCUAUGUCCACAUCCUGAAGGACACGAAGAUGGCCGAGGAGUACUGCCACAAGCAUUACGACCAGAACAAAGAUGGCAACAAAGAUGUGUAUCUGUCCCUGCUCCGGAUGUACCUGUCGCCCCCCAGCGUUCACUGCCUGGGGCCAAUCAAGCUGGAACUGCUAGAGCCUCAAGCCAACCUCCAGGCGGCCCUGCAGGUCCUCGAGCUGCACCACAGCAAACUGGACACCACGAAGGCCCUCAACCUUCUGCCAGCAAACACUCAGAUUAAUGACAUACGCAUCUUCCUGGAAAAAGUCUUAGAGGAAAAUGCGCAGAAGAAACGGUUCAACCAGGUGCUCAAGAACCUUCUCCAUGCUGAGUUCCUGCGGGUCCAGGAAGAGCGGAUUUUACACCAGCAGGUGAAAUGCAUCAUCACGGAGGAGAAGGUGUGCAUGGUGUGUAAGAAGAAGAUUGGGAACAGUGCAUUUGCAAGAUACCCCAAUGGAGUGGUGGUGCACUACUUCUGUUCCAAAGAGGUGAACCCGGCAGACACCUGAGCCCAGCGUGCCCAGGACUCAGCAGAUGGACAGCUUGGCCAUCCCAGCGUGGGAAAGGAGCACCGGCCUUAGGACUCGGGGGCUGCUGCCACCAGCAAGGUCUCCACAUUUGGACACUACUGGCUACCUGGUGCCCUGGAACAUCUCUGAAUUAAUCUGACUCGUGGUCUGGUGUCGCCGGCUUUUUAAUAGAAAAAGAGAUUAGUUAAUACUUUAUAUGCCGUUAUGUUGCAGGCAGUUCCAGAGAAUGUAAUGCCUGCUUGAACUGGAGGAGGUGGCAGUGGGCGCGCCUUGCCUUUGCAUACCCGUCACCUGAGUAAGGACCAUGUGGAGCCUCUGUAGCCCCAGGCUUGUUACUCAGCUUUCUAUAAGACGUGUGCAGGACUUCCCCGGGAGCCCUGGGCCUGGCUGCUGGAGCCCUAGAGAAGGGAGCAAUUCCAGAGCUCCUCUAGCUGCAAAGGCUGAGUGUCGUCCUGUAGGAAAUGACAGUCCUUGGCCCAUGGGCACCGCACCCCGUGUGCCCCCAGGAGCCUCCCCACUCAUCUCUUUACUUUUUGGUCUCCUUUUCUUUCUGUUUUCUCCCUUUAUCUUUCCCCUCACUGUUCUACUCAGGCUUUCUUCCCCAUUUUUCUGACAUCGGGAGUAACUAAUAUUUAAUUAAGGCAAAGAGAGAAGCAAGAGGAAGCCCAUCUUCUAGUGGUACAUUGAUAACUGACUGUCAGGUGUCUUGUAAAUAGGUCCCCCUGGGACCCUACGCUCUCCCUGGAACCUUAGGAAAGCAUCGUUCUGGGCGGAGGACAGGCCUUGCGCACCUCCCUCAGGGCCGAGUGUGACAGCAGCUCUGAGGA